GUUCUAGGGGAAAACACACUCCCCUCCAGCUCUCAAAAAAAACGCCCUUCUCCGUACAAGCCCGGACACGCUGCUCCCAAUUAUCCAUCAUCUGACACAGCAGCCUCUGGUUAUUAUCUCCGGAUCAAAGCAAACACUGCAGAGGUAUAAAACCUGCCCUGCCUGAGUCCUGCUUAUUUUGGAGGCUGCCAGACCUCUAAAGGAUGAAGCUUUUCCUCCUGGUCGUGCUCGGCGUCGCCCUGUGCAUGGAAAGUGCUUUCUCCCUGACCUGCUUCUCGUGCAAAGAUGCAACUUCCAACAUCCAUUGUCUCAGCACCACCAAAUGCUCGGAGAAUGAGAAGUAUUGUCUGACAACCUAUUCCACCACAGGAACCGGCAACGACCGGAGCCAGCGAAUCACCAAGAAAUGUUCUGCAUUUUGCCCAACCAUUGACCUGAACAUCGGCAUAGCCGGAGUCGCGACCAGCUGCUGCGAGACCUCCUUGUGCAACAUCAGUGGGGCCAGCAGCGUGAAAACCAGUUCCACCAUCCUCACCCUGGGGGUCCUGGCCAGUCUCGCCUGCAUCCUCAGGAUGGGUUUUUGAGGGGUUUUUGCAGGGAAGGAGCUGCUUGGCUUUGCAUGGCAUGGUUCAAGCUGCGGUCCAUAAGGUGGGAAUGCUGCCCUGUGCCUCCUACCUGGAAGGUCACAUCCCAUCAAGAGGUAUUUUUGCUCUUUCCGCGCUCUGGUGACAACUCCAAAUGAUGUUUGGGAGAGAAAGGGAUAGAAUGGAGCCCUGCACAUGCAGAAUGGCCCCAUGUGGUCACCAUCUCUCCUACUCUUGGCAUUUAUAACUCUGUGCAUUUUUUGCCUUUCAUUUUAUCCCCGCCAUUCUCUUGUGCCAUUUUUUACCCAUUUUCCACCCUGUAUCAUUUUGCUCUGAGAAAGCCUUUAAUAUUCCAGUUGUUAAACAGAAACUGGGCACAAUAAAGUGUUAUUUUAUUCUA